AUGUUUGCAACGAUAACUCUCGAUGCCUUCCCCUGGUACUGGAAACAGCGCAACAAAACUAUCUCCAGCGUCCUCGAUGAACUCGCAGAACCUUCAUGGCAGAAAGCCCAAACAUUUCCAUCCGAAGUUCACGUAGAGCUUCUCAAAGCAAAUCUCAUACCAGAUCCUUACCUGGGUUUCAAUGAACACAAGGUUCAGUGGAUUGCCGACGUCGAAUGGCUUUACUCAACGAAGUUUCCUACUCCUUCAUCUCCAAAAGCUCACACAGAACUUGUAUUCCACGGACUAGACGCCAUUGUCGACGUGUACCUCAACGGAAACCUGAUCCUCUCAUCGAACAACCAGUUCCAGAUCCAUACCGUUCCAGUAUCUUUGACGGGGGAAGAGGGAGAUAACACCUUAUUUUUCCAUUUCAAAUCCGCGAAACUACUCGCAAAAGAGCUCGAAGGCAAGUUUGGGAGGGUCAGAGGAGGAUCUACGAAUUUAGGCGAUCCGAGUAGAGUCUAUGUGAGGAAAGCGCAGUAUGACUGGAGAUGGGAUUGGGGCCCCGAACUUCACACGACGGGUCCAUAUCGUACUAUCGAGCUCAACACCUACGACGCUCAGCUCUCCGACUUGUAUGCCCGUACCUCGGUUAAUCUUGCGACGUCUCAGAGAUCCCUUGACCUAGAUCUCACGAUUAAAGGCACGAAAUCACUUGCCAAGAAGGCCAGAGUUACUCUGUCAAGGUGGGGCAACAGCUCAAUUAUCCGGGAAGAAGUGGCACCUCUUUCGCUUACCACCGAAGAAGUGAGAGAUGCGGUAAAAUGGGAGUUCACUACGGAAGAGAUCUCUCUGUGGUGGCCUGUCGGAUACGGGGAUCAGGCAUUGUAUGAGUUGAAAGUCGAUAUGCUUGAUGAUACCGACAACCUACUCUCAACUCUAACAAAGCGUAUCGGCUUCCGCACUGUUGAGCUUAUCCAACGUCCUCUGAGUGAACCAGACCAAUACGGUCAGGGUUCCACCUUCUUCUUCCGCGUAAAUAACACUCCCAUCUUCGCUGUUGGAAGUAACUGGAUCCCAGCGGAUAAUUUCCUUACGACGGUCAGUAAAGAUCGGUAUCGUGACUGGAUGAAGUUAGCAAGGGAUGGGGGUCAAAACAUGGUUCGGGUUUGGGGUGGAGGAGUCUAUGAGGACGAGGCGCUGGUCGAUGCCUGCGAUGAAUUUGGCCUUCUCCUCUGGCACGAUUUCCAAUUCGCCUGUGGUGUCUAUCCGGGGGCUCAGUUCCCAGAGUUUGUAGAGAGCGUGAAGAAAGAGGCGGAGGAUAAUGUGAAAAGGUUGAGGAAUCACCCGUGUAUGACGUUAUGGUGCGGGAAUAACGAGGAUUAUCAAAUGGUAUUGCAGUGGGGUGACGUACCAAGCCUCCCAGCAACAUUGUUCUACGAAGACAUAUUGCCUUCUAUCGUUAAAUCGCUGACCGAUCCCCCGAUACCUUACCAUCCUGGAAGUCCAUAUGGUGGGGUAGGCUGGGACACAGCAGAUCCCACUAUUGGGGAUGUACAUCAAUGGAAUGUAUGGGGAGGAAAAGAACAUCCCUGGCAGAGCUAUGAUGUACUUGGAGGGAGAUUCGUUUCGGAAUUUGGAAUGCCAGGCCUUCCGAGUAUUAAAACAAUCGAAUACUACUUCCAGGGAGAAACAGAGGAUUCGAGGAAGAGAAAUUGGCAUCCACAAUCAAAGCUCGUGGCUCAACAUACCAAAGCGGGCGUGUUUGAGAGGCGAUUUGCUAUUGCCAUGAAUGACAAUUUCCGGAUAACGGAGGAUCUCGAGAUAUACUCCUAUCGCACGCAACUUAUGCAAUCGUGCGCUAUCGGCUACGCUUAUUCCACUUGGCGUCGAGAGUGGAGGGGAAAAGGGAAAGAGUAUUGCGGAGGGGUGUUAGUCUGGCAAUUAAAUGAUUGUUGGCCAGGAACGAGUUGGGCCUUGGUUGAUUAUUUCCUCCGACCCAAACCGGUAUACUACGCUAUUAAACGCGCCGGUGCACCUGUAGCACUGGGAAUUUAUCGAACUGUGCAUAAAAACCGAGCCAAUGACCGGCCCAAACAGUUUUAUGAAUACGGAGCAUACCAAACCGUUUCUGCGACGAUAGAUGUUUGGGUUUCUUCUUCCCUUCCUUCUCCUCUUCAAGGGGAAGUGGAACUCAUGUUGACGUUUUUCGAUCUGGGAGACCCGUCUUGGAAACACCAGGAGCGUCAUACCGUUCAAGAGGUCAAACCAAAUCAGACGACGGAGGUACUCAAAGGCUUCAUUGUUCCCGGAAAUCACUCGGGCUGUAACGUUAUCGUGCUCGCUAGAUUGUUGGCUGGGGGAAAGGAAAUAGCGAGAGAGACCGAUUGGCCACAGCCUUACCGGUAUCUAGAGUUGCCUCAGGAUCCUGGGUUGACAGUCGUUUACGGGAAAAAUCAACUGAAGGUGGAGGUGAAGAGACCUGUCAAAGGUGUUUUCUUUGAGGUGGAACCUGAUCUGAAGGAUAGUGAUACCUAUUCGAAAGUUAAUUGGAGCGAUAACGGGGUUGAUUUGGUUCCAGGAGAGAAUAGAGUCCUUAGUGUGAGUGUGUUGCCAGACACUAAAGCCGAGAUACGUGCGAGAUGGUUGGGCCACGAGAAGGGUGUAAUAGUGGCAGUUGUGGGUGCGUAA